AUGGAGCUUAUGAAAGACCCAGUCACCAUCUCCACCGGGGUUACAUACGAACGUAAGAACAUAGAGAAGUGGUUCUUCACCUACAAGAAGAAAACAUGCCCAGCUACAAUGCAAAGCAUUGAGAAUUUCGGUAUCAUCCCGAAUCACACCCUCAAGAGGCUCAUCGUUUCAUGGCAAAGUAAUGAGGAUUCGAAAUCUUCUUGCUCAUCACCAUCUUUAUCUCAAUCUCAACCAUGUCCUUCCGCUAAACAUGAUGAAAUACAAGCACUUCUCAGCACAAUCGUGUCGUCCCCAUUCAAGGUAAAUUCGAUAAAGAAACUCCGAUCCAUCAUCGAGAUAGAUGAUGAGAUGAAGGAUGAUUUUAUUCAAUCUAAUGGAGUCGAAGUUCUUGUCCAAAUCCUUGAUCAAACUAUCAUGGAGAGCUCAGAUUUCGUGACGUUUAGGGCUUGUGAGGAGGCUCUUUCUGUUCUUCACCAACUUCCUAUAACGGAAGAAGAGAAGACAUUUGAGUUGUUAUCGAAACAAGAAUCAACCAGAUCAAUGGCCAUCAUGCUUCAGCGGGGAAGCGCUGAGGCACGGCUACAUACCAUUACCAUAUUUCGAAAGAUGGCGAAAACCGAAUAUGAUUGGAGCUUUAUAGUACAAGAUCAAGGUAUAGAUUUCUUCAAAUCCUUGUUGGAGCUUGUUUCAGAUGAAAUAUGUAGCAAAGCAAGUUCAUGUGCCUUGGAAGUCUUGAUUGAAAUAUUAAGAGCAUCAAAGAAAAACAGGUUGAGGGCAAUUGAAGCAGGUGCAGUUUGUGUCCUCAUAGAGUUGCUGCAAGACUCCAACAGAUCCAAAUGUGAAAAAAUGUUGCAUUUGAUAAAAUUACUAUGUGAGUGUGCUGAGGGAAGGCAGGCCUUGGUGGAGCAUGGCAUAGGCAUUGUUGCCAUUACCAAAAAGAUGCUGCAUGUUUCCAAUGCUGCCACCAAGAUUGGGGUGAAGAUCAUAUGGUUGGUCUGUAAUUUUCAUCCAACUGAGAGGGUACUGGAGGAAAUGUUGAUGUAUGGAUCAGUGAAGAAGCUUCUGGCAUUGUUGCACGUGGAUGGCCGAUCUUCUACUAAAGAUAAGGUGGUGAAGAUCUUCAAGAUGCAUGGUAAUUCAUGGAAACGAUACCCAUGUUUCCCUUAUGAUUUGAAGGAUUAUUUGGGAUUUGUGAAUGAUUCUAGCUAA